UUGACGUACAUCAUUAAAAAAAAAAAUCCGUGUUUCUUCAAUUUUACCUAGUUCGACCCUUUUCGAUUAGUUUCGUUGCAUUUUGGCUCACAGUUUCGUUCUGCUCAAAGUCGCCACUCUAUCGUAGACGGCCUCCUUACACCAAGUUAUUUGGAAAGUAGCCAUUGUCGUUGGUAUGGCGGAAGACGCUAUUUUGGGAUAUUUGGAGAAGAAUGAAGAAAUUCCGGAUUCUGGAAGUUUUGCUGCGGAAGUUGGAAUUGACCAUGACGAAAUAGUCAAUGUCACUAAAAGUCUCAACGGUUAUGGACUUGUUGUUGCUCAGGAUAUCAAGAGGGAAAAAUGGGUACUCACUGAUGAAGGAAAACUCUAUGCUGAUGCAGGCUCUCCUGAAAGUCAAUUAUUCUCUGCCAUACCACCAGAGGGUAUCUCACCAGAUGAACUUCAGAAAAGGGUGGAUCCUGCUAUUUUCAAGGUUGGGUUUGCGCAGGCUAUGAAGAAUAAGUGGGUAGAGAGAGGAAAGCAAUUAAUAUCUAGAAAGAUUCAACAUGUUCAUGACAAGGUCAAGGAGUUUCUUGUACGGAUACAAGCUGGGGAGUUGGUUGAGCGUGAGGAAAUUGACGCGCUUAAACGGAGAAAGCUUAUCAUAUCUCAGACAUGGAAGGGAUAUUCAAUUAGAAAGGGUCCAAACUAUGCUCCUAAAAGAAAGAAAGCAGCAACAGAUCUGACUCGAGAACAUUUGCAAAGUGGCGCAUGGAAAGAUUUGGAACUCAAAGAAUACAACUUCAAUGCCAAGGGUCUGCCGCCUGAGGGUGGUCAUUUGCAUCCCUUACUCAAGGUUCGACAACAAUUGAAAAAUAUUUUCCUUCAGAUGGGCUUUGAGGAGAUGCCUACAAACAAUUUUGUUGAAAGCAGCUUUUGGAAUUUUGACGCCCUCUUCCAGCCACAACAACACCCUGCUCGUGAUUCACACGACACUUUUUUUCUGCAAGCUCCUUCUACUACAAAUUGGCUUCCUGAAGAUUAUGUCGAGAGGGUAAAGUGUGUUCAUGAGUCUGGUGGUUAUGGAUCCAGAGGGUAUGGGUAUGACUGGAAACGGGAGGAAGCAAACAAAAAUCUUUUGCGUACACAUACAACUGCUGUUUCUUCAAGAAUGCUAUAUAAACUUGCACAGAAACCAUUCACUCCCAAGAAAUACUUUUCAAUAGAUCGUGUUUUCAGAAAUGAAGCUGUUGACAGGACACAUUUGGCUGAAUUUCAUCAGAUAGAAGGCCUUAUAUGUGAUCGAGGCCUCACCCUAGGAGAUCUUAUUGGUGUGCUGUAUGAUUUUUUCUCUCGUCUAGGAAUGACCAAACUUCGUUUCAAGCCUGCUUACAAUCCUUACACUGAACCUAGUAUGGAAAUAUUUAGUUACCAUGAAGGUUUUGGAAAGUGGGUAGAGAUUGGGAAUUCUGGCAUGUUCAGACCUGAAAUGUUGCUUCCCAUGGGGCUUCCAGAUGAUGUCCGUGUAGUUGCAUGGGGUUUGUCCCUUGAGAGGCCUACGAUGAUCUUAUAUGGAAUUGACAACAUAAGGGAUCUCUUCGGGCACAAGGUUGAUCUGGGUCUGAUGAAGAAAAAUCCCAUCUGUCGACUUGGGCUCGAAUAAAAUUUUAGGUUUUUUGUACUCCAAAUACAAAUUCUAAAAUACUUCAUUGGGGUUUGUUUUUGUAUGAACUUUCAGCAAGUUGAGUUCGUUUCUUGAGAUUUGCCCUUGAGUAACUAGAAAUGUUACUUUUUUGACCUUCAGGUUUUGUAAUUGAUUGUAAUAUCAAAUUUAUCAUUCAUCUAUUGUUUAUACUAUACUUUCUCUGUUCUGAAUA